CGCUCCAGUGCCAUUUGUCCGUGGAGAAAUUUUGACAUGUUUUGAUAUUUGCAAUUUUGGAGCCAGUUUCCCGUCAGAAAGCUGUCCUGCAAAUAUGUUUGAUGUUGCUCUGAGUAGUGCUGGAGCAACUAUCGCUCUUGCAACAUCGUUUGAUGAAAAUUAUCCGCCAGAAAACAUCAUAGAUGGAAGUCUUGACACAUUCUGGCCAACAACAGGGAUGUUUCCACAAGAAUUCAUCAUCAGCUUCACUACAUUAAUGAGCAUAGGAAAUAUUAAAAUCUUAUCUUCAAAUGUUAAAGGCCUUUGCAUAGAGAAAAGCAGCAAAACAGAGCCAGUGGACUUUGAACCCCUUGUGGAUAAAGGUACUGGUAAUAACAUGGUUGCUUAAUCUUUAUUAAGUACGCUGCAUUCUGAAGACCAGUAUCUCAAGUAGUUUUCCUGGCUGUUUUUGUUUGUUUGUUUGUUUGUUUUGUUAUGUGGUACAUCUACAUGUGUGUACUUGUAGUUGUGGUAGCCUAUUAUGGACUGUAUAUUGGACUCUGGGGGUACUUUCCAUUUGAUGAAAAAUUCCUGAAUUUUUGGUUUGGAGUUAAAUGGUUAAUUAUGCAUUCUUAUUACACCAAACUGGAAAAGUUU